AUGGUUUCAUUUUAUAAAAUAUAUAUUUUUUUCCUAAUAUUCAUUUUAUAUUUAAAUGAAAAGGUAAUAUGUUCCAUAAAUGAUAACGAAAAUGAAACUGUAACUAGUAUUCACAAUGUACAAUAUAAUGAUAAUAUCGAUCAAUUAAAAUCCAUGAUUGGAAAUGAUGAACUACAUAAGAAUUUAACAAUAUUAGAAAAAUUAAUUUUAGAAUCGUUAGAAAAGGAUAAAUUAAAAUAUCCUCUCCUUAAACAAGAAACUGAAAAAUUGUUAGAUAUAUCGAAAUUUAAAAAAAAAAAUAUUACAGAUACUAAUGAGGAAACGUACAUCGUACCUACGAUACAAUCGUCGUUUGACGAUAUGGUCAAAUACGAACAUCUUAUGAAAAAACAAUUAAUAGAAAUAUAUAAUUCUGAUAUUUCAGAUAUAAUUAAAAAAAAAGUAUUUAUUGUGCGAACCCUGAAAACAAUAAAAUUAAUGCUUAUACCAUUAAAUUCGUACAAACAACAGAACGAUUUAAAAGCUGCGCUCGAAGAAUUAAAUAAUGUAUUUAUAUCCAAAGAUGUUGAAGAGAAAACUAGUCCAGUAGGGGACCACGAGAAAUUUUUUACUAAUUUGUUAACACAUGUAAGAACAAUUAAAGAAAACCAAAAUAUAGAAAAUAAAGGUGAAACACUUCUACUAGAGGACAAUAAAGUAGAUGUAAUGGACACGAACGAUUUUUUUUUUACGACCAAUUCCAAUAUAAAUUUUAUGGAAGCUUUAGAUGAUAUAACAAAUCAAUAUGGAUUAGGGUUGAUUAAUCAUUUGGGUCCUCACUUAAUAGCCCUUGGACAUUUUAUUGUAUUAAAAUUAGCUCUUAAAAAUUAUAAUAGUUAUUUCCAAGCAAAGAGUAUUAAAUUUUUUAGUUGGCAAAACAUUUUACAGUUCUCCAUGUCUGACAGAUUUAAGGUUCUUGAUAUGAUGUGUGAACAUGAAUCAGUUUAUUACUCGGAAAAAAAAAGAAGAAAAACGUACUUGAAAGUUGAUCGAUCACACACAAGUAUGGAAUGUAAUAUUUUGGAAUAUAUAAUACAUUAUUUUAAUAAAUAUCAGCUAGAAAUAAUAAAAACUACUCAAGAUACUGAUUUUGAUUUACAUGGGAUGAUGGAACAUAAAUAUAUAAAAGAUUAUUUCUUUUCAUUUAUGUGUAAUGAUCCUAAAGAAUGUAUUAUUUAUCAUACGAACCAAUUUAAAAAAGAAGCAAACGAAGAAAAUACUUUUCCUGAAGAACCCAAUCGUGAAAUAAGUGCAUAUAAUAUAUAUUUAAAUUAUUAUUAUUUCAUGAAACGUUACAGUUCCUAUGGAACAAAAAAAACGUUAUAUGUCCAUUUAUUAAAUUUAACAGGACUUUUAAAUUAUGAUACAAGAGCUUAUGUCACAUCACUUUAUUUACCUGGAUAUUAUAACACUGUCGAAAUGUCAUUUACUGAAGAAAAAGAUUUUUCCAAACUUUUUGAAAACUUAUUAAAAUGUAUUGAGAAAUGUCAUUUACACCAACCAAAUAUAUUAUCAAAUGAUAGUAAUUUCCUCAACGAUGUAUCCAAAUGCGAUGUAUGUAAAGGAGCCUUCUUAUAUUCUAACAUGAAAUUCGAUGAAGUUCCUUCCAUGUUACAAAAAUUUUACGUAUAUUUAACUAAAGGUCUGAAAAUACAAAAAGUAUCAUCUCUAAUGAGAACAUUAGAUAUAUAUCAGGAUUAUAGUAAUUUCCUAUCUCAUGAUAUUAAUUGGUACACGUUUCUCUUUUUAUUUCGACUCACCAGUUUUAAGGAUAUUGCGUACAAAAAUGUUGCUGAAGCAAUGUAUUUAAACAUAAAGGACGAAGAUUCAUUUAACAGAACGGUUGUAACAAAUUAUUGGUUCCCUUCACCUAUAAAAAAAUAUUAUACUUUAUAUGUGAGGAAACGUAUUCCAAACAAUUUAGUCGAUGAACUGGAAAAAUUAAUGAAAGUGGGAACGUUAGAAAAAAUGAAAAAAGCUCUGACAUUUUUGGUCCAUGUCAACUCAUUUUUACAACUAGAUUUUUUCCAUCAAUUGAAUGAACCACCUCUAGGAUUACCGCGAUCUUAUCCUUUGUCAUUAAUUCUCGAACAUAAAUUUAAAGAUUGGAUGAUUAGUUCGCCCGCAGGGUUUUAUUUUUCAAAUUAUCACAAUCCAUAUAUAAGAAAAGAUUUGCACGAUAAAGUGUUAUCACAAAAAUUUGAACCUCCAAAAAUGAACCAGUGGAACAAAGUUUUAAAAUCCUUGAUCGAGUGCGCGUACGAUAUGUAUUUUGAUCAAAGACAUGUGAAAAAUUUAUAUAAAUAUCAUAAUAUUUAUAAUAUAAAUAACAAAUUAAUGUUAAUGCGAGACUCCAUGGAUUUGUACAAAACUCAUUUUGACGACGUGUUAUUUUUUGCAGAUAUUUUCAAUAUGAGAAAAUAUAUGACUGCUACCCCAACAUAUAAAAAAGUAAAAGACCGAGUCUAUCAUACAUUGCAUAGUAUUAUGGGAAAUUCUGUCAAUUUUUAUAAAUAUGGUAUUAUUUAUGGAUUUAAAGUAAAUAAAGAAAUAUUGAAAGAAGUGGUGGACGAACUAUACUCAAUAUAUAAUUUUAACACAGAUAUAUUUUCCGAUACAUCUUUUUUGCAAACGGUUUAUUUAUUAUUUAGACGAAUUGAAGAAACCUACAGGACACAACGAAGAAACGACAAAAUGAGCGUGAAUAAUGUUUUUUUCAUGAAUGUGGCAAAUAAUUAUUCGAAAUUAAGCAAAGAAGAACGUGAACUGGAAAUACAUAAUUCUAUGGCGUCGCGCUAUUAUGCGAAAACGACGUUUGCAGCAUUUCAAAUGUUGUUUUCCACAAUGUUAAGCAAUAAUGCAGAUCAUCUGGACAAAGCGUAUGGAUUAAGUGAAAAUAUCCAGGUAGCAACAAGUACCUCCGCAUUUCUCACAUUUGCAUAUGUGUAUAACGGAAGUAUCAUGGAUAGUAUGACGAACAGUUUGUUGCCACCAUAUGCGAAAAAACCUAUCACACAAUUAAAAUAUGGGAAAACGUUCGUUUUCUCCAACUAUUUCAUGCUUGCAUCCAAAAUGUACGAGAUGUUAAAAUAUAAGAAUUUAAGUCUUUUAUGUGAAUACCAGGCCGUGGCAAGCGCUAAUUUCUAUUCUGCUAAAAAGGUGGGUCAGUUCAUUGGAAGAAAAUUUUUACCUAUAACAACCUAUUUUCUAUUAGUCAGACUCAGUUGGUCAGGUGUAUGGGCAGGUCAAGGUCAUUUAAUUCCAAGUUUGACAGAUUCAAGUUCUAAUGCCGGUGGUAGUGGUAGUACUGGUGGAGCUGCUGGUCAAGGUGGAGGAGGAGGAAGUUCUGGUGGUGCUACCCCCCAAAGCUUUUUUUUCAACUGGGUUCCAAAAUCAGAAACAUAUUUAUUUUUUUAUUUUUUCACAAAUUUAUAUCUUGAUGCGGGCAAACAUUUUCCUGGAGGGUUUGGUCCUGCAAUAAAAGAACAAACUCAACAUGUGAAAGAACACACAUACGCACGCAAACCGUCCGUUCAUAGUUUUAAUAGAAAUUUUUUCAUGGAAUUGACGAACGGGUUCAUGUACGCUUUUUGUUUUUUCGCUGUGUUUCCCUUAUAUGCAUAUUUUGAAAAUAUUAAUUUUUAUAUUACGAGCAAUUUCCGUUUCUUGGAUCGAUAUUAUGGAGUAUUCAAUAAAUAUUUUAUAAAUUUUGUACGAACAAAACUUAAAGAAUAUACAAGUGAUAUUCUAAUAAAAUAUGAACGUGAAGCAUACUUGAGUAUGAAAAAAUAUGGGUAUUUGGGUGAAGUUAUUGCUUCACGACUUUCGUCUAAAAAUAAAAUCAUGAAUUAUUUGUACGAAACGAACGAGGAUACAAUGAAUAAUUUAAGACGAUAUGAUAUGGAAAAUGCUUUCAAGAACAAAAUGGCUACUUAUGUGGAUGAGUUUGCUUUUUUUGACGAUUGUGGAAAAAACGAACAAUUUUUAAACGAAAGAUGCGAUUAUUGUCCUGUGGUUGAAGAAGUGGAAGAAACACAACUACCACCACAAUUACUCCCACACAGUGAUGACAUAACGAAAGUAACAAAGUCACCCACUAGUACGUAUAUUGAUGUUGAAAAAAUAGAAGAAACAGGUUCGGCAGAUAGUGACGAUGAUGAAAAAGGGUUCGACGAACCCGACGACGAAUUAAUGGUCGCAAGAUUUCACUAA